AAAGAACUGUGGGACUGGGAGUGCCUAACACCAAUGUUACCAAGGAGCUGAGGUAUCAACAAGCAACUAUCGCACGGUAAAUGUUGAAAAUGUCUCAGUUACUAGGUCGCAAGGACUGUAUAGAAAGUCUCCAGAAAGAUGUCGCCGACCUCCAAGUUGCCAUUCUGGACGUGUUUUCAACAACUGGUCAGGUGCGCGUUUUCUCGUGGAAAUUUCCGGACAAACUGUCAAGCAAUCUCGAUUUGGAUCUGGAGCAGUAUGACUUUAUGGACGGAGAGGAUGAAUUUAACCAGCAUUCUCACGUCGUUUUACUGGAGCUGGUGAUCGACAGACUACUACUUCUUCUUCAAGCCUCCAGUGCGUACGUUGUGCAACUGAGCACUAAGAAGAAAAAGCAACAACACCAUCAGAAAGACUGCAUGUCAGUUGGUCUUGUUGUCAAAAAAUACUGGAGACAUUUAGUUGAGUUUGCAGACAUGAAGGUGAGGUGCAUGGAAAACAAGUUAAAAACAGAGAUGUUGGAUUGGGAUGAAUGUGUAACAUCAACAUCACCACAAAUGAAGUUACGGAACGAGAGCAGCAUCAAUGACUUUUCUGCCUGGUCUUCAACGAGCUCCAUCAAGUUUUUGCCAGCAGAUGAGGCACCCUCCAGUGAUAUUCACAGCCUCCUAUACAAUCCCAAAGUUCACACCUGCAAUAUAAGCUCCCAGACUAUUGAAUCAGCCUCUGCUCCCUGCGGUGCAUGUCAUCAAGUGCAGUCUACUAUUAGAAAGACAGGCAAUGCAUUGGUAGAACUUCUUCAAGGUGAGGGCCUGCCGUCCUCUUUACAGCAACUCUUAAUUGCUGUGGAGGACACUGUGGACAAGGGGCAAAUGUCAUCGGGUGAUGUUGCUCAGUGGGCCAGCGAGCAGCUCAGAGAUAUGCGACGACUCGCAAAACAUGUACAGCAGGUCCGAAAUACAGUAGAUCCUCUUACAAACAAACUAGCAGCAGCAGAAGCAGAGCAGAUCAAAUUACGAUAUGACAUGGAAAGUGCAGAAAAGGAACUAAAGGGAGAAGUGGAAAAACAUAAAUCCACAGUUCUUCAGAUGGAGCUUUUGUUAAAGAAAGCACAGGCAACCAUGAAAGAAACAGAGGAAAGGCUAUCAGAGGAGUAUCAACAACUUAGGAGAGAAUAUGCAUCCCUAAAGAAGUACAAUUCCAGUCUGGAAGACAAAAUAGCAAUACAGCAAGAUGGACUGCAAGCUCUUGAAUGUGAACGAAAUGCUCUCCAGGAGAAAUUGAAGAUGUUGCAAGUAGGAGAAAAGGUCUGUUCGGAACUACAUCAGAGGAUCCAGCAGUUAGAAAGUCAAAUCUCUGUAACUGAACUACUUCUGGAGAAAGAGAAGGCCAAAUACCACAGUGCAUGUCAUCACCAGGAGUCAAUGGAAACAAAGCAGACAUCUUUGCUGCAGAGACUUUAUGCUCUCGAUGAAGAAUGUGAGGACCUGCAAAGGCGGUUGGGACAGAGGGAGGAAAGUGAGCUCAACCUCCACAAUCAACUUCAACAGAUGUCAGAGGUUAAUGAACAACUACAAGUGCAAAUCACUUCACAUCAGGAUAUUUGUUCACAGCUCCAAAGUGAAAAGCAGGCACUAGAAACACACUUAGACGAAUUCAAGAGCACUGUGACUACCCUUAAGGAAAGUGUGAAAUCCUUGAAGGACAGGGAGAGGUUGCUGGUGGCUUUCCCUGAGCUCAGCCCCCUGGCACACACCCAACCACAGAGUACAGGGAACGUGCUUUUGGAUAUGGAGCAACAGAGACAGGCAAACUACAUACGCAUUCGAGUCCUAGAGAAGGAGAAUGCUACCCUUCACAGCAGCCUUGUGAAAUUGAGGGAGGCAACACAACCCAAUGCUGUUAAGGACAGCUCACCUCCGCAGACAUGUAGCCACUCUUUGGCCAGCACACUGGUGGAAAAACAACUAGAGCACCUUACACAGAUGCAAUGGAGUCCAUUCAGCAGAAAGACCAGAAGUGCUUCAUGGAUGGGUGACAAAGGAGGUAGCGCAAGAGAUGCUCAUGGUAGGGAGACUCAUGCAGCAGAUCGUGUCUACCCCUCCUGUGUGAACCUUCAAAACCUCCAUCUCAACAUCAGUUCUACUGCUUUGACACACAAGAGCUCUUAUUUACCUCAAACCAGGAGCAUCAAACAGAGAAAAAAAUGAAAAUGGAAAUGAAUGAACCUCUACUUGAAGUGAGUUCUGUGGUAAAAGUUGGUAAAAACAUGGCUGACAAGAAUGUGGCCUGAGACCAAAAAAAACAUCUUUGGACUAAACGAGCAGAAGACCAACUCCCAAACAGACUUGAACCUCCAACUGUGGAGCCUCUCAAAUUGUGUGUUGUUUUUACCAUGCAUCCAUCAUCUUCCACUUAUCUGAGGUCAGGCUGCAGGGCAGCAGCCUAAGCAGAGAAGCCCAGACUUGGCUGUUUCGUCCAGCUCCUCAAGGCGGAUCCCGCGACGUUGAGAGACAUAGUCUCUCCAACAUGUCCUUGGUCUUGCCGGAGGUCUCCUACCGGUCGGACGUGCCAUGAACACUUCCCCUUCUAGGAUGCAUCUUUACCAGAUGUCCGAGCCACCUCACCUGGAUCCGCUCAAUGCGAAGGAGCAGCGGUUCUACUGCGAGUUUCUCCUGCAUGACAGUGCUUCUCACCCUGUGUUGUUAUUACAGUACAUGCUGUGUAAAUAUAACAUGUACAUUGUAAUUUGUAAAUGACCUCACUGGCAUUAAUAACGUUUGCUGUUUUAAGAUCAAGUUUACUGAUCUUUGACAUUCUACAUUUCAUUCUAUUUAAUAUAACCCAUCUCCACAUUUAAUGACCCUCAACCUGAGUAAUAUGUUGACCGACAAUGACGACAACCGCGCGGCCGUACUGGUGGAAUGACGACACGUGUGCCUUCAUCGAAUUCUGCCACCUAGCACUACUGCGCAUGCAUAUACAAGGAAACAGUUUGUAAGGUAUGACGGACUAUUUGAGACACUUGCACAAUUACCGCCUGACUCUGCGAUCAGGCCGCAUGUGAAGGCAGCAUGUUGCAUCGGAGACACCUUCAACCUUGCAGCCAGUGACACAACCCUUGGUCGGCUAAGGAUGUCAUAUGGAGCAAAGAAACUUGUUCCAGUCUUCUUAUGCCUGUGGGAUGGUGCAUUCUCAGAUGGUGGACAGACUGUGUUAUCUCUAUCAGCAUCCUCAAAUGGCUCCUCAUCAUAAUCCAUCACCAUGCUGGCCAUUGCAGUCAUCUCCUCGAACUCUUUUUUAUACUUUGCCUGCCUGUCUUACUGAAGCGAUCGACCUCGGGGAUCUUCCGCAGUUUGUUGUUGGAACUGACCAACUCUACCAUCUUGUGGCAUGCACGUUUAUCGCUCACCAUUGGGAUGUUGGCCUUCUUGUAAAAUGGCCGCACCUGCUCCAGGACGACCUUGGCUGCCUCAAACUGUGACAAUCCUCCAUUUGCACCAGGUUGCUUGACAAGCAUGCAUCUCAAGAUCUGGCAACCACUUGCCAGCUUGGCGCCAGUGAUGCCGCCAUCCUCACUGGUGAUGCUCGGGCCCACACCAAAGACCACACUGGGUCUGGCUGGGACCAGUAGGUGAGGGCAGCAUCUUAGCUGAAUCCUGGGGCUUGUUGUGUUGUAGAGUGCCUGAGAAUACAAAGAAAGGAUACAAGGACAAGGAUAGGGUUUACAAUCAUAUCAUAGCAUACCUAAUAUCACUCAAUUAUGAUGUACCAUGCAUGCGUAAGCCUCAAAUCUAAGCUCUACAUAGCCUAACUUCAUCAUUACAAUUACAGUAACAUCACUACCAGAGUAACUAGCUUCACUGACAAAUAAACCUUUAUUUAAAAUGUUAUUUGAAUACUCUGAACAUGAUAUUGCCUACUCUGAAAUACUGUUGGUGAUAAGCUUAAUAGCUUAGCUAACAGAGCUGGCUAACUGUGGCUAGCAAACUGUUGCUAGCACGCUAAUCUUAGAUGUAACGAGCACCAAAAACCUCGAAAUAUGACUAAAUUUCACUGUAAGUAUUUCAAUACACAAAGAAACAACUGCGUACAUAUUUGUAAUGAGAGUAUACAUACCCAACACAAAAAUAUAAAUAUCUCCUCAGUAUUCCUGAAGUGCAGUUUUUUUGUUUUUUUUUAACGUCAGAGUUCUAUGGUGACCGGUUAGCACUGUUGCCCCUUUUUAUCUACAGAAACACAUGUGAGCUGGCACCCCUAAACCUUCAUUUAUUGGAAAAAUAUUUUGCAUGUCGUGUUAAAACAUAUAUUGGAACACUUUUAGCACCCAGCCAUAUCAAAAUUCAAAAAUUGUAUUUUUUGAUGCACCCUAUGAUGGUCUUGAUGGCUUCCAACGUUACUGGCAUCCCACAUGAGUUGUUCACCACACGGCACAGUGGAGGGGGCACCAUCAUGCUUUUUCCUUCAAUGGAACAAUGGAGCUUCAGGUUGUGUUGGGGUGUCAAACGGCAGCUGGCUAUGUGGAGAUGUUGCAGGGGGCAUCCCUCAUGACUGAAGGCCCUCGUCUGUGUGGUAAUGACUGGGUUUUUCAACAGGACAACGCUGCAGUUCACAAUGCUUGCCUGACAACGGACUUCUUCAGAGGAAUAACCUCACUCUUUUGGACCAUCCUGCGUGUUCCCCUGAUCUAAAUCCAAUUGAGAACAUUUGGGGAUGGAUGGAAACGUAGGUUUAUAAAAAAUGGACAUAAAUUCCAAACAGUGGAUGCCCUCUUCACCACCUGCAGCAACAUUUCCACUAGCCUACUGGAAACACCGGUAUCAAGCAUACCCAAACCAAUUUUUAUGGUGAUUUAACAAGAAAGGUGCAGGUACUCAUUACUGAGUUUUAUUUCUAUUUUAGGGAAGUUUCAGGGUUUUUUUUUUAGCUAUGGUUUUAAACGUUUGAUCAGCUGAUGAACAGCCUAUUUCAGUUUGUUUGUUUGCAAUGAAUUGCUUACUCAAAAUUAUUUUUUUUUUGUCUCUGUCACGUGCUUGGCCCUCCAGCUGCCUCUUCCUCCCAACAGGACGUACAGCCCGCCAAAAUAAGAGCCCAGGACAGGAAGUGUUCGCUCCUGACCUGCGGAACAUGGCAGUCUCACUCCCAUUUCUUCUUCUUUCAUUUUGAAUCUCUACUUAGAACCUCCUUAAGAUCCAACAGUGCAAAGUGUAAAUUCUUGUAAUUUUUUUUCGACUGCUCUUAAAAUGUUGAU